AGUCGUGGUUGAGUGGGUCAGUGAGGACCACGCAGUAUCGAUUGGUUGGCAACCGAUUGCCCAUCCAAACAACUAGUGGUUGGUUCGAGCAAAUCCCACUCAAUUGAUGACGUUUACAAAUCGUUGCUGGAUCCUUUGACUCAAUUGAUCCUUAAACUUCACUGAAUGGACGGGGGCUGGUUUUCCCGGCAAAGGGGGCGUUAGUCUUUCCAACGAAUUUCCUGUUUUAAAGGCACUCGAUCUGCUGCUUUUGGACCCACUACGAAGCCACCAGACAGCUCAGUUCAGAGUGUUUGAUACGUUGCAGACAAUGAAUGUGUGGGAUGUUUGCGCUUCAGGAUAAUUCCAGGUUAUGACCCAACCAACAACUCUGAUAAUCCACACUAUCCGAUUGGCUCAUCAAACAAAUUUUGGGUGUCAGAAGUUCGUGAAGUGUUCAAGUUGAUACUGACCAUCGUGAGUAUUUCGAUAUCAGUGCACGCAGCCGCGGCACCGGUGGCCGGCGAGACACAUCCCCACGUGAGCUCUUGUGCUGCCCCGUUGAAGCCGACACAGCAAAGCUCAACCAACUGACUCCUGGAGAUGGAGAAACCUGUUAUGCCGCUGACAUGUAUGCUGGCUUAGUGCAUAAUACGACAUGUACUCAUCGUGACAUCAGUGGAUAUACAUGUAACUGUUGAUCGACAUUGUCGUUGUCGAGGGUGUCGAUACUACUUUACUACUGGAGGUGAUAGCUUGAUCGUACACAAUUAAAAUCACAAACCUCGUGUCGUAAUUACUCGGACCUAUGCCGGAAUAACAUGUGUACAACAGACCGGCUUGAGACUUCCACAUCAACAGGAUGAUUUUAAGAAAGCACUGGCGGUUUGUGCUCAGGUAAAAGCGACCAGAAUUAAUCACCAUGACUACCAACCCAAAAGGAAACUCGGACCGGGUUUGCGCCCAAUGCGGGAAGAAUACCGCCAAGUUCUACAGCCUCCAAGGCAACGACAGGACGCUGUUCUGUUCAUCGGAAUGUCACCAGGCAUUCAACGAAACAAAUUCUGAUUCGAGCAAUCCCCUUCUCAUUGAACUGGACGAGAACAGCGGUGAGCACAAAGAAAAUGAAACAGAGGUUAACGAAGUCUUCAGCGCUUGCCAUCGUGGGGAUGACAACCUCCAGAAGCUGCAAACCCAGUUCCAACUGUACGGCGAAAACCCCAACCAGAUGAACGCCAAGGGCCAGACCCUGCUGACCUACGCCAUCGCCAAGGGAGACGUCAAGACGCUAGACCUGCUGCUAUUGGCCGGCGCCGAAAUCGACGCGCAUGAUGACAACGGCGAUACGGCGCUGAUGGUUGCCGCACAACUUGAAUCUGAAGUGAAGGUUGAGUUCCUUUUAAAGAAAGGAGCACCUACCGACAUUACCGACUGGGAAGGGAGAACAGCAUUACACAGAACGGAGCAAAACAAGACCAUAAAGUGUGCAAAAUUGCUAAUCGACAAGGAUCCUUCGCUGGUUCACAAGACGAACAAGCACAAACAGACUGUAUUGCACCUGGUUGCCGGCGAGGGAAAUGAUGAGCUUAUAAAAUACCUAUUGGACUGCGAGUCUAAGAUAAACGAGCUAGACAACUUGGGCCGCACCCCGCUACACUGGGCCAUCAUCCAAGGAAUGAAAAGCAGCGUGGAGAUCCUUCUGGAGAAUGGAGGCGGGAAAGCCAUCGACGUGCAGGACAAGUUUGGUUUCUAUCCGAUCCACUGCGCUGUGCAGGUCAACAGACCAGACAUUGUACGACUGCUCGUCCACAAGGACUGUAAUCUCAGUGCAGUAGACUUCGCUGGUAGGACGCCUUUUGUCUAUGCUGCCUCCCAGGGUUACCAAGAAAUAUGUGAAAUCCUAUUAGAGAAGCAAGUGGAAAUGAACGCAUCCGACGGAGAUGGGCUCACAGCAUUGCAUUUUGCCGCUUCAAGAGGCGACAGCGCCCUCUGCCAGCUGCUGCUCAAGCAGGGUGCAAGUGUGGAUCCUACCAACAGGAAACACGAGACUCCUCUUCACCUUGCUACAGCAAGUGAACGCAAAGAUGUUGUGGGUAUCCUCAUGCAAAAAGGGUCAAAAGGUGUUUCCAUGAAGGAUGAAGAUGACAGAACACCUAUUCAGCAGGCAGCCGAGAGUGAUUAUCUAGAUAUUCUCAAAAUCCUAGUCGAGUAUGUCGGAACACCAUCGCAACAGGACAAAGAAAACAAGGAGAAACCGAAUGACAGGAAAGACAAUGCUGAGCAUGUGCUCGACAUGCGAGACAGCGAGAACCACACGGCACUAUACCUGGCGGCCUCACGCGAGUACAAAGAAUGCUGCGAGGUCCUUCUGGGGAAAGGCGCCGCUGUGGACGAGGAGAGCCGACCGCACCUCCUGGCCAUGGGACUCAUCGAGGAGGCCAAGGAGGAGGCGCCAGAGGCUCCAGCCGAGGUGGCACAGGAGGCCGAGGAAGAUGGGAGCACCCUGACGACGAAGGAGAGGUACGCCCCCAGCGUCAGCCCGCCGACAGAGGAACCUCCCAUUGAAUUGUCUCCCGUGACAGACAGGGAGGUAGUGGCCAACACUUCCCGUCACAUCCAGGAUGAUGUCAUGUCAACAAAGUCCAGUAAGAGCUUCCGGAAGUCCGGCAGCAAGCUGGACAGUUGGGCCAAAUUCAUUGAGAAGAAGAAACUCAACAAGGACAACAUGAUUCAGACAAAGCGCAGCAUACCCAAGUACACAGGCUCUCCCUACCUCAUUCCCCAAGUUGACCGCCAUGUUUUUAGGAGGUACCUGAUUGGUCAUCGCACCGCUCACGAUAUCUACAGUGAGGAGAAGCCGACCAACCAUGGGAAAGUUUACUCAAAGAACGCUCAACCGAGGAAAUACUCUUACUCGCGAAGUGCAACGUCGGAUAAGCCGACCUGGAACGACACUUUUUGAAGCGGUUUCGACUGCAUGGGAAUUGAGGCAUUACUGAUUUUGUCAGUUCAAGCUGAAACUAUGCAUAAUGAUCUUGCACGAGUACAAAAUAUGUAUUGGUCUUAAUCGCAUUCUUUCCACUAUGCAUCCUGUGCAUUAUUUAUGGCUAAAACUUGCCCGAGUGUCGUCAUCGGGAAGGUGAAUACCUAAGUAGAAUAUGACUUGUUACAUUAUAUGCAUUUUAAGCCGAAUUGUCUUUUUCAUGCCGUUCUCUCGUCUUUAAUUACAGUAUUGUCAAUUCACGGUCGGUUCUUUUCUACACAGAUUUCGAGGAAAUGGGAAAAACUAUUUAAUGAAAAAUAUAGAAAUGUGGCAUUUUGUUGUUUUGUUAAAUAAACAGCUGCAUUAUUCUUAUUCAAAACAUUUAGAAGCAAUGAAGAAUUAUACUCACGAUCUGGACCUCGCAUAAAAUGGAACCUUGUGAAAACAAAAUUUUUUUUACCGACGAACAAAUUUUGAUGUAACAUAGAGAUAGUGUUAUCCAAAAACCGUAACCAUGCAUUUAGCUUUCACGAAGGAACAUCUAUAUUUCUUGUUCGAAAUACUACUUUGUACAUUUUAAUCAAUUAAUCGUGUGAAUAUAAACAUAGAGUAAUUCUGUUCAUAAUUUACAUUUAGGUAUAGGUCGGCAAUAAACUGUUUCACAAUAUGAGAUUUUAA